AUGGAUAAUGAUGGUGAUUGUUCCGAUGAACAAAGUGUUAUAAAUAUGAUUCAAGGUGCUGCCAUAUCCGUUCUAAUUAUAAUAAUUACUGUCAUAAGAAGAAUGCAAGCAAGGCGUAAAUCAAUUCGUAGUGGUCCAAGUAAGGAAAAAAGAAGACGAGAGAGAGCUAGAAUUGAGCACAUAAGUCGAAUUUAUAAUGGUUUUAGUGAUAGUUGCGUGAAUUAUAUUAGAAUGAGAAGUGGUGCUUUUGCAAAACUAGCGAGUAUAAUGAGGAACAAUAACCUGCUAAAAGACUCAAGGAAUAUAACAGUGGAAGAACAACUUAUAAUGACUCUAAACAUUAUGGGUCAUAAAUCUAAAAAUCGCAUAGUUAGAUCUCAUUUUAUAAGAUCAGGGGAGACAGUGAGUAGAUAUUUCAACAAGGUAUUACAAGCAAUUAUUUGCCUGCGUGGACGGUACAUGAGACAAGCCCCCAAUGACAUUCCCCAAGAGAUCAUUAACAACCUGCUAUACUACCCUUAUUUCAAGGAUUGCAUUGGAAUGAUAGAUGGGACACACAUAGAUGCUAUGCUUCCGAUUAAUCUUGUUGCCCGAUUUCGAGGCCGCAAAGGUGUUACACAGAAUGUGCUUGCAGCUUGCACCCCAAACAAACUGUUCACAUAUGUUCUAGCAGGUUGGGAGGGGUCUGCAAAUGAUUAUAGGAUUCUUCAGGACGCAUUGUCUAGACCACAACCACAUGGAUUGAGAGUCUAUGAUGGCAAAUACUAUCUAUGUGAUGCUGGGUACCCAACCAUGCCAGGUUUCAUCUCUCCAUACCGAGGUGUUAGAUAUCAUUUGAAAGAACAUUCGGGUAAAACACCUAAGAAUAGAAGAGAAUUAUUCAAUCUAAGACAUUCUUCAUUGAGGUCUAAGAUUGAAUCUACAUUUGGCACAUUGAAGAAUCGUUUCAAGAUUUUGUGUGCUAAGCCGCAUUAUCCUUUUCCUAUACAAGUAGAUAUCGUAUUGGCAUGCACGAAUCGUUUCAAGAUUUUGUGUGCUAAGCCGCAUUAUCCUUUUCCUAUACAAGUAGAUAUCGUAUUGGCAUGCACGGUACUCCAUAAUUUCAUUGCAACUGUGGAUCCAAGUGAUGAAUUACUCAACGAUGAUGAAAUUAAUGAAGACAUUGAUGGUGAAGUGGCUUUCGAGAAUGACACUAAUUUAGUUGAUUUUACUCAAAAUCAAACCCAAAGAGAGCAAACUGAAUCAAGAAAUGAGUGGAAGACUCUUAGGGAUGACAUUGCUUGGGCGAUGUGGGUGGACUACUGUGAUAUGUAUAAUCAUGGUUGGGAUAAUGUCAUGCACCGCAUCAAAACUCUACGAACACGAUUUCGUGAUAUGGAAACUUGUCGUAAUCUUAGUGGUGCUGGAUGGGAUGAUAGUACGAAGACUGUCAUUAUGGAUCCUGAAUGUUUGGAUAGGUGGAUUGAGGACAAGAGCUUUAAGAAUGCGAAGCUUAGACAAUAUGUCAAUAAACCAUUAAGGCAUUAUGAUGAUCUUGCCCUUAUCAUCGGUGAUGAUCAAGCCACAGGUCAAUUUGCUAAUGAUGCUUGGAAAAAGUUUAGUCGUAGUGAGACCAUAAAUCUUGGAGAUGAGGCGAACUCACCAAUGCAUUCUCCCCAAUCUACUCAAGUACACAUUGUAGAUGACGAGGACACUCCUCCACCUAAGGAAGCAUCCAAAAUAUCAAGUUCUAAAGCUAAGUCAUCCUCCGCCAAGGUAAAGGCUCGUAAGACCAACCUAGAUAGUGAGAUCAUGCUAAAGAUGGUGGAUAAGAUAGAUGUAUUUAGCACAAACAUGAAGUGUGUGAAUAUGCAUUGGACCGAGAAGUUAUCCACGGUCCUAUAUGCUCAUUCACAUGACUUUACUAAUGCUAAGUUAGAUACAUACUAUCGUCACCUCUUUAUGAAUGAGCAUGAAUCUAGACUAUUUAUGGGCAUAUCUUCGGAUGGUCAAAAGGAGAUGAUAGAGGCAUUUCUCAACAAAGAGGAUUGA